AUGGCUAAAAAAUCGUUGAUGGCUGAACCAGGAGACCCAAUUCCUCAUCCGCGUCGAAAAAGAUAUCGUCCGGGGACAAUGGCACUCCGAGAAAUUCGAAAGUAUCAGAGAACAACGGAUCUGCUCAUCCAACGUCUUCCGUUUUCCCGAAUCGUUCGUGAAAUUUCAUCCGAAUUUGUUGCCAACUUUUCUACAGAUGUCGGCCUUCGCUGGCAAUCAACAGCUUUACAAUGUCUUCAAGAAGCUGCAGAAGCUUUUCUUGUCCAUUUGUUCGAAGAUACGAAUCUUUGUGCUAUUCACGCCAAGCGUGUGACAAUUAUGCAACGCGAUAUGCAGCUUGCUCGUCGUAUCCGUGGUGCUUGA